AUGGCCUCUCCUCAAGUACAAAAAGAGGACGAGAAAUCCCCCUCCUGCCCCAUCUGCAAACAACCCUUCGUCACAUCCCUUCAAGACGUCCGUAAUGCAAUCGGCCAGGCGAUGUCCCAAGGCACCGCGGCCACCGCCAGCUGGGAGUUCGACGUCGCAUUCAGGCUUGGCUGCGGGCACGUAAUGGGAGCCAUGUGCCUCUAUCGCUGGCAGCAAGACUACCAUUUUACAUGCCCGUACUACACAAAAGAUCUGCGCGUGCCGAGCAAGGAAGCGCCGGAGGAGAGAUGGGGCAUCCCAUGUGAUCUCGUGGAGUGGUGGGUCGAGCAAGGGAUCGAGGUGUGGGAAGACGGGCGGCGCAAGGAGUACCAUUUCAGUAUGAUGGCUCGGGGUUCGUGGACUCCGGGGGAGAAGCUGCGGCGGGAGCGGGAGAGAGCUCGGGCGAGAGAGCUUGCGCGGCUGGCGGAGGAGAUGAAGGCGCUCGAGCGAAGGAUCAUCUUUAAUCGCGCGAUGACUGCCGCGUUUGGUAUUGCGGUGUUUGGGGUGCUGGUGGUGGGCGUGACGAAAGAGAUGGUCGGGACGCAUGACCUGCUGGGGAUGAUGGUGGCGUUGUGGUGUGCACCGUUCGCGAUGUGGAUUCGGUCGAAGUUGCCCUGA